CUCUGUAUUGUAUAUAUUGAAUGGUAAAAUAGUGCUGUUCGCUUGAUAUUUAUUUUACUUUCUACAGUUGUAUAGGAACUUUACUUUCCAUUCGUGUGCCUCACUGAAUGAACUAAUGGCUCUAUAUCAUCAUCAGUACAUUGCCAAGGGCUUAAAAUCUGACAAAUCAUGGGGCUUUUGUACUUAGUAAAAUUGUUGGCUUUUUCUGGCUUUUUUAUGUCUUGAUUUGGCUUUUUUUGAUCGUUGGGGUCUGGCAACCCUGUACAGGUCUGUGGACGAAUCAAUUCAAGAGUUACCGUAACGUACCGGUAUACUAUUAUAUAUACGCUUUGGUACUACUGACAGAUGACGGAUGUGCGGCUGCCAGUAUCAGUACCACAGUACAAUGUUGAUACCAGUUUAUCUGUUACCGGUACCGUAAUAGGUACGGUAACGUACCGUAGGCUAGUCUAACUGUCUGACUGUACCGGUACAGUUGCGUAUCAAGUUACAUGCAAGGUAUGGAAAAUUUUAAAAAAUAUAACUGACAAUAAUUUAUGAAUUUUCACUCUGUAGAUGGUUAGUCGAAUAGCACAAAAAUUGGCUUUAAAUGCUAAACAACCUCAGAAUGGAUUUUGGGGUUCAUUAGUUGGAGCCGCAUUUUUAAGGAAUGGAAACCUCGAAAAAACUUGUUUUGAACUACUUGAGUCUCUGCCUGAACAUAAAGUUCUUUGUGUUGGUUUCAAUCGUGCCAUUGGACUAGAGUUUGCUUUGUCAAAACAACAAUACCCAGGAAAGGUUUUUGGAAUUGAUCACUCCGAAUUGAUGUGCAAAUUGGCAUGCGAAAAAUUACGGCAUCAUAUUGACAAUGAUGAACUAACUAUACUUUGUGAAUCAGUACAUGAAAUGUCAAUUCCAGAUAACUCUAUAGAUCGAAUAUUUCACACAAAUUGCCAUGUGUUCUGGGAUGAUAUUGACAAGUCUUGUGAAGAGCUAUACAGGGUCUUGAAACCAGGAGGAAAAAUGGUGUCUUUGGCCCGAUACAACAGACUUCGGCUUCAACAAAAGUUUGGUUUUCUGAACUCUUCUCCUAUCACUUCAGGCUUUUAUAUUGGUUCUCUUAUUGCCAUGGGAUUUGAUGAUAUUCGUGUGAAGAAUGUUAAAGUUAUGAAUAAAUUUUCAAAGGCAUGCGCUGUGUAUGCAUCAAAGCCAAUUUUAACUGCUGAAAAAAACAGUUUUUCAACUUCAAGUGAAAAAUCUUCUUGAUUUCAACUUGGAUUUUUACUCAGUUAUCAAAUCAUAUUAGGGCUUAUGGCCAUUGGCUAAUCACAUUCAGUUAUAUCAGAACACAUUGAUUAUGACCUACGUCAUACAGAGUCCAUGUGCAAACAAUUGGCUUCAUAUAUACAAAAAACAUACCGGUACAUAAUAUAAAUAAAGCAGGUGUUCAAUUUGCUUCUCAUGUAUAAUGUCCCAUUUUCGGAGCUCCAGAAGUAUGUGCGCUAAGAUGGCGCACAACCUGAACAUAGUAUGUGUGUAACGGUUAGGAUUCAGUUUGUGCAACAUCUUGGUGCACAUACUUCCGGAGCACCCUAUUUUCUUAUUGGGCCUGAUAUGAAAUUGCCAUAUGCUUUUGUUUGUCGAUUGAUUCUGAACUUGAUGAAAUUUGAACUGAUUCACAAAUCCUACAGCUAAAGAUGGUCCUAUUGGAUUUAGAGUCUGAUCUCUUACAUUGCUGCAUAUUCAUGUUAUUAAUAUAUCAGUGGAAUUAAUAGGCUGUUCUACUGUUUUAGACUUUGUUAUAUAGUUUUUAUUUCACUUUUGUCACAUUAAUAUGGUUAAACUGAUUAAAUAGCAACUAUUGGAAUUUUUAUAUGACCUUAAAUAGUAUGUGGGUAAAUUUUUUUCUUAUCCUGUCAGUUCUUCAAAUUAUUGCACAAUUUGUUAUUUUCUUCAGUACCUCCUUCCUACAAUAGUUCAAUCAACUUUUUUGGUUAAAAUCAUGUGUUUGAUUUGUGUAUCAUGCAAAAUUGGAUGUUGUUCGAUUUAGAAUUAUUAUGCAUUACUUAGUAUACAAUGCAGUUGAUUGCAAUAUGAUAAAACAGACUUUGUGAUUCACUGUGAUAUAUGUUAACCUGUGCAAUUUAGUGUUCGACUCGACUUCGAUAAAAUGUAUUACUCAUUCUGCCCUUUCCAUGCUCUCAAGUUUUCUCUUUUAGCAUGAUUUAGUAGAUUUUGUUAUUUUGGGGCAGCAUAAAUUUUAUUUUUAAAUCUAUAUUGGUUUUCAAUUAUAUCAUUAUAGUUCAGUUUGUUUUCAAAUUUCUGCAUAAAAUAAAAUAUAACCAGCAGGCAUGGUACUGCAA